UCCUAGCGACACGCCGUACUUGCUACUUUCCUCUUCUUCUUCUUCUCCUCCUCCUCCUCGGUUCAGUCUGUAGAUUUAGGGUUUUCGAGCUAGACUAGAUAGAUGCUCUCCUAGCCUGCAUUCUGCGGUUUGUUCUGAAAGAAGAGGGAUCUCUCUCUGGUCUGGGUUUUUGGGGUUUGUCGUUCGGGUAGCCUAAGAAAAUGGUGAUAUCUGAUGAGAACAAUCCCAUUCUGAUUAAACCCACAAGGUCUCAAGGAGCGCAAUUUGGAGUGGAGAUGAGAAACAAUCGAAGAGCUUUAGGCGUCAUUAAUCAGAAUUUAGCUGGAGCUCAUCCCUACCAUCGUGUCGUCAACAAGAGAGCCCUCUCAGAAGUGCAUGAAAUCUGUGACAAGAAUCUUCUCCAUUCGGAUCAUAGACCCAUCACCAGAAAAUAUGCAGCCCAGAUUGCAAGUGCACAACCGCCUUGCCCGGAGGAAAGUAAGAAAUCCAACUCAUCAUCAACUCAGAAUCUCACAAUCUGGGAAGAUUGUCCAAUAACAGAUGUGGAGGAAGACAAGGUUUGUACAGACCACCCAGUACCCAUGGCCUUGGAACAAACCGAAACAAUGCCAGAUGAGAAGGAUCAGAUGGAAGUCGAAAUGGAGGACAUAUUUGAGGAUGCCAUCCUGGAUAUUGACAACACCAAUGCCAAGAAUCCGCUUGCAGUAGCAGACUACGUUGACGAUCUCUAUGCAUACUACAGAAAAAUGGAGAGUUGUAGCUGUGUUUCGUCCAACUACAUGGCUCAACAAUUCGACAUCAGUGACAGGAUGAGGGCCAUUCUAAUCGACUGGCUUAUUGAGGUACACUACAAAUUUGAACUGAGGGACGAGACAUUAUUUCUGACGGUUAAUCUUAUAGACAGAUUUUUAGCCCAACAAGCCAUGGUAAGGAAGAAGCUGCAGUUGGUGGGUCUGGUUGCUAUGCUGUUGGCUUGCAAAUACGAGGAAGUUUCGGUCCCGGUUGUGGAUGAUUUGAUUUUCAUUUCAGACAAGGCUUACUCAAGGAAAGAGCUCCUUGAAAUGGAGAGAUUGAUGCUGAAUGCUUUGCAAUACAACAUGUCAGUUCCAACUCCCUAUGUUUUCAUGAGAAGAUACCUCAAGGCCGCCGAAUCCGACAAGAAGCUUGAGACUCUGUCUUUCUUCCUGGUUGAGCUCUGCCUGGUGGAGUACGAGAUGCUGAGAUUCCCUCCAUCUUUCUUGGCUGCUGCUGCAGUCUACACUGCUCAAUGCACCCUCUAUGGAUUCAAGCAGUGGACCAAGACCUGUGAGUGGUACACUAGCUACUCAGAAGAUCAGCUCCUAGAAUGCUCAAAACUGAUAGUGAGUUUCCAUGACAAGGCAGCAGCAGGGAAGCUAACUGCAGUUCACCGGAAGUACUCGACAUCCAAGCUCGGCUGCACGGCGAAAUGCCAGCCUGCUCAUUUUCUGGUAGGGUCCAAACAAUAACAGGAAGAUGGUGGGGAACAUAAGGCCACCACCACUGCAUGCUAACUUAAAAGUGAUUUUUAUUUGAACUUUGGGUUGAUAUGGAGAAGAAUGUACAACACUGGAGAGUUCGAUUCCACUUUCUCAGGGGUUGGAAAAUUCAAAUGAAAUAAAUAAUUCAGCAACUUGAGUUGCCCCUAAUGGGACUAAUUACCAAAUUCUUGAUCAUGCAGCCAUGGCUGCUUGAUUGGACUGUUUCUGUUUUAAUUGUUUAAUAAAAUAAUUUUCUGAUUGCACAUUCUUUUUCUGGCCAUUGCUUCUAUUAAUUUACUUUGGAUCAGUUCUGUUCAGACUCCCAAUUAUCUUUCCUUUUUUCUUGUUAAAAUUACAAACUCUCAUAUACAAAAAAAGAAAAAGAAUUAUCUACAGAAA